AUGGCGAACCACGACGUACCCAGCGAGCCACCAAUUGUCCCGCCAGUCGUGGAUGAAGCUGAACUGAUUGGCAACACAAGCGCGGAUUUCCCCGUCAUCGAGGCCGAGCCCGAAGAAGAGCUUGAUCUGCCCCUCGAUACUGCGGAACAGCAGCGACUCCUGCUCCAACAGGACGAGGACCAACCCCAGGCUGGUCCUCCUCUGCCACUCCCUGCACGCCCCGGCCUACAGCGAGGCAAUUCGGUUCCUACACCCGCGCCGCACCUUCCUCCCCCCGCGCCGCCUGGCCCGCCUCCAGACACUCCCCAGAACGACUCGCUUUCGCUGGCGCAGUUGCAGCAUCUGGUCAGGGGCAUACCCAAAGUCGAGCCCGCGCCGUAUGCCUUCACCUAUGACGAUGCCUCGUCUUUCAAGGAAGAGCUGGAGGAGUGGUUCUCGUAUGCGGUCGAGGAGCAGGCGAUGCUGCUCAAGACACAGGCGUCGUAUGCACUGGAAUGGAGCGCAUUCCACGGGCUGAGCGACGCAGCGAAUGGCGAGGACGGCUUGGACUGGGCAGCAGCAGCAUUCUCUCAACGCAAAGAUUUUGUGCAGAAAAUGCUGGGUGGGCUGAAAGAGAACGAUUUCUUUUCACGGCUGAAGAAGCUCGAGGCAUUGGUCUACGUGCUUCUUGGGUGCUGGUACGAGACAGCGGGCUUGACUGAAGCAGCGGCGGAUAGCAGCGAGACAACAUCGGGGCAGGAGCCGAGCGCGGGCCAGACGCGCAGCACAGCACAUCAAAGGUCAGGGAGGCAGGCUGCGCUCAUCAGGCGCAAUGUGCACCUAGUCGCCGAGUGCAACGGUGUCCAGAGCCUUGUGGACAUGCUCGAUGCCUCGUUCAGGAAAGCAUGCGGGGUGGACGCAGUAGCCGAAGUGCAGCGCGACUCAAAAGAAGCAGAGCGCCGCGAGAUUUGGUGCGCAAUGACCGCCGUCUACGUCAUAUUAGAGGUUGCGCGCGACGAGGACAAGUCUGGAAAUGGCAUCGGGCUCCGAAGUGCUAUUCUCGAUCUGAAAAAACCUGGUCUGCUAGUCGUAUUGGUCGAGCUCAUUGCAAAGCUGAGGUGGGAUGAAUCCAUCAAUCUGCCACUAUGCAAGAUAUCUUUGCUACUAUGGAAGACAAUGCUGGUGACCUUUGGCGGUCUCGCAGAGGUCAACAAAGUCAAGGAAAUGUUUCGAGACACGAAUCUCGGGGCAGAAGAUGAUAAAGGGCAGCCGCUCAUCACUGCCUCGCCGCUUGACUACCACCUCUUCCGACAAGAAAUCAGCUCAAAGUACCCAGCGUAUAACCCGCCACUUCCGCUCUUCCCCCUUGAGCCCGAAAAUAACUCGAUAUUACCUCCGCUUAAGAAUCACCCCAACAAGGUAGCUGGUAACCACGUCUUUGGCUCUGGGCUUGGGGAUCCAAAUGGCAACGUUACUUCUAUUAUGCAUCAACCGGUUCAUAUCGCGACCCCUGCCCCAUCGCCCCCUCCUUCGCCUGCAGGCCCGGGUGGCAAGGGCGGUAAAAAGCAAAACUACCAGACGAACCAGAUGUUUCCUUUUCUGUACCCACCGCUUGACGAAUCGAGCAACAAGUUGGGCGGUAAAGGCUCGACUGACUUGCAAGAUCUCCUGGUUGGACGCAAAUGGGAGGGCUCAGACAUACCUACAUCCAUCAUGGAAGCUGCAGAGCUCUUUGCGAAACGCAUGAAGGCUACACGUGCGAUGAAGCAGCUGUGGGAAGAACGUGUCGCUUUUAUGAAAUACGAGAGAGGCUGGACUGGCCCUGACGACCACCCUGAUGUUGAAGAGCUAUCACUUGAACCCAAGCAAAACGAGCCAAAGAAGGAAUCCCUUGCUCGUGGGAGUUUUGAGGAGCGACUGCAGCUGGUAGAAGAAUUCUACCGUGUUGCAUUACCGAACCUGCAGUCGCUGAUCAUCGUGCUGAUAAAAGCAAUUCUCGCACAUGUAACAGCGCUAGUGACACAGUCAAGCGGUGCCAAUGGCCUCCAGAGUGGGUUCCAGUUCCAGGACAGCCAGAACGGCACGACGGCCGAGCGACCUGAUAUGAACGGCCUCAAUGGCCACGGUGCUGCGUUGGCCACAAAUGAAGAGCUAGAUGCUAUGCGGACCCAGGAAGUGCUUGACAAAGCGGUCACUGGUACCCUGAUUCUGAUUCUGAAGUGGUUCAAGGUGUCUCAUAUUUUGAAGUUUGAGUACAUUACUCAAUUGCUUGUUGAUUCAAGCUACGUUCCUCUCAUCUUGAAGUUGCUGCAGCUCCAAGAAGUCGAGAAGAUUGUCAACUUCAAGAGUGAGCAGGAAGAGCUCAACUUUUUCAACUUUUGUUGGUCGCAUUCGAGAAAUGCGUCGGAGGAAAACAGCAACGCACGGUACGAGGGAGACAAGCACGAGGAAGAAUCCGACGAAGACGAUGCGGCACCACCUCCGAUCCGGCGGUCGAGGCUUGAUUCAAACGAGUCGGGUGUUGAGCCAGCACUUUCAUCGACUCAGUUGCAGCCUCCGGAGGUAGACGAGCUCGGCUUCCCGACCAACGAAUUGCCAAAAGAGCCAAUCACCAAUUUCUCGUGGCGUGCAUUCUUCACGUCGAUCAACUACCUGCGCAUCAUGCAAAAGAUAUGCAAGGACAAAGCACAUCGCAACCUGAUGCUUGUGUCAUACAAGUCGUCGCAGUUUCUCCGGAAGAGUCUCAAGGUACCGCAACCAGAGUUGCGCCUGUAUACACUCAAGCUCUUCAAGAACCAAGUUCCGUACUGCGGUCGUAAGUGGCGACAGUCCAAUAUGCGUGUCAUCACGGCUGUGUACCUGCACUGCAGGCCAGAACUCCGAGAUGACUGGUUAGCGGGAAGCGACGUGGACGCUGAGGUGGAUGAAAGCGUGCCUCUGGAGCAGGCGUUGCGAUCGCUGACACACUGGCACAACCUCAAGCGGUACCCCGAGAGUUUGGGCGCCAAGCCUGGCGUCCUUGAAGAAGAGCAGGACUUUUUCCGCAACGAGCUCGAAAAGAUGGAUUGGGGCGACGAGGGCCUUAAUGAAGGCGAGAUGGAACAAAAUUGGCCGGAGCUUCAGGUUGAGGGUUGGUGA